GGAUUAAAAUAGUAAGCAGAACCCAACGGAACCCAAGGGAGCUAUAAAGACUUGGCUGAACGUUGUGAACGGCAAAGAAGGGGGCAGGGCCAUCUUAAGCAUAUCUGGUGGGCACCAUGGUGCAAAGCUCCCUCCGGUGCCCCCCCAUUUCCCUGGCUCUAGAGAGGACGGCACUGCCGGUGGGGCCAAAGGAAGUGGGCAGCGGCUGGAGGGUGGCUCCUCCAGCCGGAAAGAGGCAGAGGCUGGACGCAGCGCCUCCUGGCUCUGCUGGCUGCUUCGGGCUGCGGUGGCCACAGCAGACAGAGGCUCCGGAUACGGCGCUGCUUUGAUGCGGCAUGGUGGAGGCAGGAGAGGGUGGCGAGCUGAUGCCGGAAGGCCUCCGCCUCUUCCCUGGUGCGCUUCAGAACUUGGUGCCCUGUGCCACUAGCCUCUUUGGACAAAACCAAGAGGAUGGGGAAGCUAGCGCUUCCAAAGCGUGGAGCGUCCAGAAGGAACAUAGCGUCCAGAAAGCGCAAAGCAAGAGCAAAUGAAACUGGUGCAUCUGCUUUUCAGGACUUGGUUACUUUCUUCAAAUCUCCAGUGGGUGAAAGAUUGAUCGUACUUGAGAUUUUCAUCUUUACUGUCAUGACACUGCUGGUUUUCAUUCUGUAUCGGAAGGAACUGAAAAAGAGAGAGGAGCUUCAAGUGGCGAUGGAUAUGAUACGAACUGUGGUUGUUGGGACUGAUCCAAUCUACGAAGACAAGGAUGACUUAGAAAUACUUGCUGCAGCUCAAAACAUAUCGGAGGAAAUGAAGUAUUUUGUCAACUUAAAUGAUCAACUGCAAAAAGAAAUUGAUACCCUUCUUGAAAACUUGAACAAUGGCUGGGUCAUAUAUGAAAGGACCUUCUAUUGGUUUUCUAUUGAGAUAGGCUCAUGGACGGAUGCCCAAAAACAUUGUGAGCAGGAGGGCGCCAGGCUCAUUUCUGUGGAAACAAGGGAAGAACAGUAUUUUAUAAACAAGCAAGUAGAAAGACAUCAAAAGUUUUUUUGGAUUGGAGUCUUUAAAGACAAGGGAAAGAAAUGGUCGUGGCUGUCAGGAAUGGAGGCUGAAGUCCACUACUGGAAUUACUAUGAGCCAAAUUAUGAAGCGAACCAUGACUGUGGUGCAGUGUCCUAUGAGUGCUACUAUGAAAAAUGCUGGAUGGCAUUCGAAUGUGAUCUACAAAUACACUAUAUUUGUAAGAAGGUGCCUAAUGAUACUUGGCUCUAAGAAGACACCUUAAGAUGAACGUAACUGGAUCCCAUGAUCACUACACAAAACCAAAACCAAGAGAUCACCCCACGGUUUUAAUGCACAAUCCACACCCUGCCACCUAGAGUAUGGGACUCUCUGGUACCAACCCUCAAACACACAUUGAAAAGACCUUAAUCUGCAAGCUCAAACAUAGAUGGCUACGAAAAUAAAGAAUGGAAGGGUCCAGUCAUAGCCUGUUUUCUGUUUAAUGUCUUUAUUUGCAAUGUAUACCAGUAUUUGUUUCCUUACUCUGUGUGUUGAUGCCCCAUUGCCCCAUCUGAUCUCCAUGGUCGCUACCUUACAAGGCACAUAAGGACAACCAUGCAUGCCAAGCAGUGAGAAUGGGGCGAAUUACAAGGUGUGAAUAGCUUGGUCUAUGUUGAGGACUAGCACCCCAGGAGUCUAGCCGGGGACCUCUCCUGUCAUGUCUUGCAUGAUUGAUGGCUGGAAGUGGCUGUGGUCGCUUCAAUCUGUCCUGCAUACCAAGCCAAGGAGAACUGAUAUUUUUAUUUUCAGGGAAUAAACUGAACAGGAAGACUGGGAAGUGUCCACUCGGUCUGCUCGGCUCCUCUCAUAAGAGGAGGGAGGGUGGGGAGGUUUGCCCCCUUGUCUCCAGCAGUUUCAAGAGGAGAAGAAGACAGAGCUGAAUUGUAGCUGAAGGAAGAAAUGCCUAGUUACAAGAUAGUGGAGGAGGAGGGGGAGUGAGGGAGCAGCCUGCAGAGACCUCCCUGGAAAGUUUGGGAGAUCCUCCUUCUCCAAGGGCUCGUCAGUCACUCCGCCUUCAGGAACAGAGAAUGUAGAGGAGUGUGAUUCCUGGGACCUUCUGUAGGUCCUCAGGAUGUUGUUGGGGAUGGAAGAGGUGGUCUUCAAGGAGACAGAUUGAAACUGCAGAGUUUUGAGAAACUAAAAAACAAAGUGCGAGAUUGGCUUCAU